GUUCUCCUAAAUAGGUCCCAACCAACUCGAUCAAAUUUGUCGUGUUGCUGUUUCAUGUGGAGCACUACACAUAAGCUGGAAAGGAUGGCAAGCCAGCAGUAUCAGUUCAUCUGGCGGACUGUGGCCGCCAUCUCGAGUGGCUCCUUCAUUACUUACUGCACCAUGAAGCUGUGCAACAGCAGCAAUGCCGGAGACAUGCGGACAGUCAAGGGGCAGGUUCAUGACAUUGGUGGAGGAGGCGAUGGUAGCGAACUGUCACAAAUCGGCAAUGGCGCAUGGGCACACGACUGGGAUUGUCGAGCACCCAUGACGGUGCAGCCGGUGUCCGAGGAUCAGCAGCAGGAAUCGGAUGAUACUAAGAGCAUGCCCGUGGCUCUACGUCAUAUUGUGCUGGUACGGCAUGGAGAGUACGUGGAUUUUAGUGAUGGGAGUCAUCACUUGACCGACCGUGGCCGCCUGCAGGCAAAGCUCACAGGUCAGCGGCUGCACGACAUGGGGGUACCGUGGGAUCAUGUCGUGGCCUCGACCAUGACGCGUGCUCAGGAGACAGCUAUGAUAAUACUGAAAGAGAUCAAUUUCGAUCCGCUGAAGAUGAAGCGAUGCGAACUGCUGCCCGAGGGAACGCCCUGUCCGGGUGACCCGCCACAACACCGUAGCGUCCGGAGAGUGCAAGAAUCAUUUCGCCGGGAUGGACCUCGCAUAGAGGCGGCGUUUCGGCGCUACUUCUUUCGCGCCUCUCCCGAACAAAAACAGGAUUCCUAUCUACUUGUGAUUGGUCAUGCCAAUGUCAUACGAUAUUUGGUCUGCCGUGCCUUGCAAUUUCCGCCGGAGGCUUGGACGCGCAUAAGUCUUAAGCAUGGCUCUAUUACUUGGCUAACUGUGUGGCCAUCUGGCUAUGUGACCGUAAAGUGUCUGGGCGACUCAGGUUUUAUGCCCGUCGAGCAGCUGACAAGCCGACGGCCUCAAAUCAAAGCACCGCAGGAUCAGCAGCAGCCGAAGGACUUGCAUAUGAUAGAGAAUGUCUAGGCCAGAAUGUAUUACCAAAAAUAUGAAAACAGUAUAAAAUUUGGCUUUCUUAUUGUA